UUGGCGAGUGGCAGACUGAUGCGCCCGCUCCGCGCUCGCUGCGGAGCGGUUACCAUGAGGGGCUCAGAUCAUGAUCUAAGGGCAUAAGUAACGUCCUCUCCAAGGGUCCAUCAGUGAUCAUAGAAUCCCGUCUUCUUCUUUCUUUUCUUUCUUUGCAAUUGCUUUUUAGCCUGCUACGGUGCCGCUGCUCAUCGUCGCCAGGAUGGAGCAAACCCUCAUGAACGCCGUCGAUCCCUUCUCGCACGUCUCGGGAGGAUUCUGGUCUCAGCUCAUCAACGCGGUCACUGCUACUGCUGUUAUCCGCUGCUGGCCGCUCCUGCUGUUCUUCACUGGCUGGGCAACCGCAAUCUCGGUCAUCUGCCGCUUCGUACACAAUAUUGGCAUUUCGAGCACGCUGUUGACUGUCAUCGGUACCGUCCUCGGUUUCGUCGUAUCGUACCGGACCACUUCCAGUUUCGAACGAUACAAUGAAGGCCGAAGGCUCUGGUCGCAAAUUGUGCUCGCCAGCCGGACAUUCUCCCGGACGAUCUGGUUCCACGUCCCGGAAGUGAUGCCUGUCGCGGCGAACGACCAGUCUACGCUCGAGCAACGCAAGGAGCGCGUGCUCAUCGAGAAGAAGACCGCGAUCAACCUUAUUGAGGCGUUCGCCGUCGCAGUGAAGCACUACCUGCGCGGCGAGGAGGGCGUGUACUACGUCGACCUUUACCAUCUCGUCAAGUUCCUGCCUUCGUACGCAUUGCCCGCGGGUCUGCCUUCUAACAUCGACCUCGUGGAUACGAUGAGCGCUCAGAGCGCCCAUGGCGAUGGGACCACACGCCCUCGCAGGCCGUCAGAUGUGCGGUCCGCCCGCAGCAUGCAGUCCCCAACGAGUCCCAUAUCGACAGCCCCGCCGAUGCCCAUCGUGGGUGAGGGCCAACUUCCCCUCCCGGCGACGUCCCCCCGGCGUACGACGUUUGCGAAUGGCUUGAAGCCUUCUAUGGAGAGGGAUCGUGGUGACAAGGACGAGAAGACGUCGACGAUGAACGGAGUUGACGAAGGCUUCCUGUUGCCGGCGCGGAUCCCGCCCCGGUAUCACCUCCUGGACCUUUGGCCUCUAUCGUUGAUCGUGCAUCUGCUCGCUAAGAGAGGCAAGGAUGUCAAGGGAAGGACUGCUGCGCGCAUCCGUGCCAAGUUGCGGAGCAAGACUGUUACCCACAAUCUCCCACUCGAGGUUUCGUUCUACAUGAGCUCGUACGUAGCGGCACUUCAGUCCCGCAAAGUUGUUGACCCGCCCACGGCCACUGCCCUUAUCGCAUCCUUGAACCAGCUCGUGGACGCGCUUACUGGUCUAGAGCGUAUUCUCACUACGCCCAUCCCGUUCUCGUAUCGUGUUCAUCUGUGGACGGUCACGCUCCUCUACAACUUCUUCCUUCCCUUCCAGAUCUGGGAUACACUGGGCUGGCUCACGAUCCCCGCCACUGCGUUGCUAAGCUUCAUCUUCUUUGGCUUCCUCGUGGCUGGUGAGGAGAUCGAGAACCCGUUCGGUUAUGACAAGAACGACCUGAACAUGGACCACUUCACGCACAACAUCAUCCGCAGCGAGCUCCACGCGUUGACUGCACAGCCCAUACCCGACCCAUCUAUCUGGGUGUUCUCGCCCUACAACGACAUGGUCGUCGGCUCCAAGGAGUCCGAGCGCGUCUCACCCGACGAGUGGAUGCAGCGCGGCCUCCCGCGCUUCCAGAUGGCGCUCUCUGAGAGCAUUUAGGAUGUCCCCAAUCGUAAAUGUCUGCUAUGUUGCCACAUAGCAUCUGGUGACCGACAGUGGGAUAGUAGGUAUUGUUUGUCUGUUUGUCUGUCUUGGCUGUUGUAGAUGUCGGACAGGGCUAGCAUUACCAACACGCAUGGCUUUCACUCGCAUCGGGUAGACGCAUGUUUCCACUCUCCUCACUGUCUCUUUGUCAUAAAAUAUUGCAUUGCUUUCCUCGCUUCACAUAUAUUAACCCCCUCCCCGCAUUAUCUUGUCAUUCACGCAUCGCACACGUCGUCGCAUAGCAUAUUCCGUCAUUCACGUAUUUAUGAUAGAUGUUCGAGCUUUAGUAUAUUCAUGGGGCGGCUGGCUGCAUGGACUGUCUUUACGUUUACGGAGGCGGUCUGGCCACUGUUGCUUUCAUCAUGCUGAUGAUUAUGUUGCAAUAGCAUUUGUUGUUGCAUGA